AUGAAAAAUUUUGAGAGAAAUAAUGAAAAUAUUCAAAUUUCUACAUCAAUAAAUGAUAACCUCGAAAUUCCUUUAUUAAUAAAAAAACAAUUAAAUUUGAGAGAUUUAAGAUGUAAAAACAAAGAUUUAAGUAAGAAGAAUGCUGAUAUAAAAAAAACUCUUGAAGAAAAAGAAAAAUCCUUUAGUUUAAAAGAAAAAAUAUACAAUGAAAAUAGAGAAAAAAUAAUAAAAGAAUAUCAACAAGCCAUGAAAGAUAAUUAUGAUAGACAAAUAAUUUUAGAGGAAAAAAUUAAAAAUAAAGAAAAAAAAAUAAAGUUAUUUGAUAUAGAAAUUAAAAAGUAUAUAGUAACUAUUGGACAGAUGCGUGAGCGCAUAAAAAAAGCAAGCUGUGAUACACAAGAAAGGGAGAAAAGUCUCAGUUUUUUAAGUAAGUUUAAAGAUAAUUCAACUGAAUUUGUUCAAUUAGAUAUGUUUGACAGAUUGGAAACAAUAUUUAACUCAAGAGAAUUCAUACAAAAAAAAAAGGAAAAGUUGAAAGCAAAAAUAAAUAUUAUAAAGGAUAAAAUAAAAGAUAUUGAAGAAAAAAAUAAUUUAGCAUUAAUGAAUAAAGAAUUAGAAUAUAAAAAUCUAGUACAAGCAUCUGAAGUUGUUUUAGAAAAAGAAAAAAAAAUUGAAGAACGUUUAAGAGAUAAUAUAAAUGAACAUAACAAGAGAGCAUUAUUAUUAAAUAAAAUAAUUUUAUGCAUUGAUAAUUUUUUAAGCCGUUUUUCUUCAUUUCUUCCAGAGUUACGUCAUUAUAACAUUAAAAAAAAUGAAGAAAAAAUAAAUUUAGAAAAAAAAAAUAAAACUCAGGAUAUAAUGGACGAUAUGCAGUUCCUCGAUAUAGCAGAUUUUAAUAAUUUAGAAGAGGAAAUUCUUAAAAAAUUAGACAUAAUCUACAAGUAUAUAAAGGAUACAUUAUAUAUAAUUAAUAAGGCAAAAAAAGAAAUAUCAUUAAAAGAUGAUAAUCCUAUGGAAUAUAUGAAAAAUAAUUUAGAUGAAAAUAUUGAAUUUUUUACAUACAAUGGUAAUGUUAAAGGAAAAAAUAACUAA